GCUUACGUCAUACGCCUGCGCCACGUCCACCCUCUGACAUUCAAUGACAGUUUUGCACUUUUCGUAACGUUUCUCUGAUAACACGUGUGGUUAAAGCAGAACGUGUCCGCCAUGCAGAGAGCCGCGCACACAGCUUUGUACGACUGGUCUCAUGUGGUCGGUCCAGCGCUGACUCGUCAGUGUUCAAAAUGCAGAGCGCCCCUGCUGCUGAGCUCGCGUGCCUACAGCGUAAUCCCGCCCCCGCGAGACGCCGAGGAGAAGGAGAUGCUGCACCGAGUCCUGCGCGUGGACCAUGCGGGCGAAUACGGGGCCAACCGCAUCUACGCCGGCCAGAUGGCGGUGUUGGGUCGAUCCAGGAUCGGACCUCUCAUCCAGGAAAUGUGGGAUCAAGAAAAGAAACACCUCGAGAAGUUCGAUGAAAUUCUGGCUGAGAACAGAGUUCGACCCACAGCACUGUUACCCCUCUGGAAUGUCGCCGGGUUUGUGUUAGGGGCCUCCACUGCACUGCUGGGGAAAGAGGGGGCCAUGGCGUGCACUGUGGCGGUGGAGGAGAGCAUCUCCGAGCACUACAACAGCCAGAUAAGAGCUUUGAUGGAAGAGGACCCAGAGAGAUACACUGAACUUUUAAAAGUCAUAAAGGAAUUCCGAGACGAUGAGUUGGAGCAUCAUGAUACAGGACUAGAGCAUGAUGCUGAAUCGCUACCUGGAUACUGGCUACUAAAAAAUGCAAUACAGCUCGGCUGCAAAGCUGCAAUAUAUGUUUCACAACGGGUCUAAUAGUUUUCAAAGGCUUGUUUUGAUAUCUUUACUCAGUUUUUUGUAAACGGGUUCAUUUUGAAUUUUUGUCAUUGUACUUUUGCCACAUCAAAAGUAUUGUAUACAAACUUUCAUAGUUAUACACAUGAAGCUAAAUGUUAUUGCUUUGUACAGAAUAUAAUUCAUGGGCUGUUUGAGUUGGUGAGAUGACCCUUCUUAAAUUAAAUGGCAGAUCUCAACGCUGUUUGAGAGUGUAACUGUUUUAUUUAUAAAAUGAUAAGAAAAUUGGUUCAACAUUGACAUUAGAUAUAUAAUCCUAUUACUGGUUUAAAGUUCACCUGCACCUAAAGAUCUCAUGCUCGCCUUUGACCAAAAGAUAAAUACUUGUAUGAUAAGAACAUAUUGAUACUUGCACAGCCAUGCCAUCAUACCCUUCAACAAACUCCAGUUUCACAUGUAGUAGUUCAUAUAUCAAGCUGAGCAAUGACUUGUCAUCAUGGCCUAACUGCUAAGCGUCCUCACACAGCUGUUCUGGGUACAUUAGGUCACAGAGAAAGAAGGACUGACAAGAGGCUUGUCCAGGAGCCCCUAAUCUAUUAGGCCUUUCAGCAGGUCGAGCAAAGUGUUCAUUCCCCUCCGAGUCGGUAUCAGUUUGUCCUCAGUGUACAAUGAUACUGACCCGGGCCUUUUUACCUGUGAAUUGGCCUUUUCCAGCGCUGGGGACAUGGCGGUGUAGUGAUUAAUUGUCAGUGGCAGGAGCUGAUGGGGCUUAAAUGAAAUCCUUUGAUGGUAAUUUGUCUCUUGGAUCUAGCAGCAAGAUGUGAGGGUUGCAUGUGGCUUGGAUUUUGACACAAUGUCGCUUUUAUAUAAGCUUCUAUUAUGAGCCAGAGUUACAUAAAGAACCAUUGAAAUUAGAGGGACCUAUAACAACAUCAUAUCUGAUGCUCAAAUGCCAAAAAGUAUCCCUUUCCAGCUUCUCAUUUCUGUGGAUUAGUUGCUUUGCCUCUUCAUUAAGUGAUUAUAAUAAUGAUAAUAAAGUGAAUUUCUUAAGGUU